GUGGCCGAGAAGGCUCCGGGCGGCGGACGGUGGCCGAGAAGGACCGGCAUGGAGCACCUGGAGCGCUGUGCGUGGUUUCUCCGCGGGACGCUGGUGCGGGCAGCGGUGCGGCGCCACAUGCCCUGGGCGCUGGUGGUCGCCAUGCUGGUGGGCUCGGUCCUCAAGGAGCUGUCUCCGCUGCCCGAGAGCUACCUCAGCAAUAAGCGCAACGUCCUCAACGUGUAUUUUGUUAAAUUGGCCUGGGCCUGGACAGUCUGUCUCCUCCUGCCUUUCAUUGCCCUCACCAACUACCACCUAACGGGCAAGACCAGCCUGGUCCUACGGCGGUUGAGUACCCUCCUCGUGGGCACAGCCAUCUGGUAUACCUGCACAGCCCUCUUCUCCAACAUUGAGCACUACACAGGCAGCUGCUACCAGUCCCCAGCCCUGGAGGGCAUCAGACAGGAGCAUCGUAGCAAGCAGCAGUGCCACCGGGAAGGGGGCUUCUGGUAUGGCUUUGACAUCUCGGGCCACUCCUUCCUACUGACCUUCUGUGCGCUCAUGAUCGUGGAAGAGAUGGCCGUGCUGCAUGAGGUGAAGACAGAUCGCAGCCACCACCUCCAUGCCGCUAUCACCACCCUUGUUGUAGCCCUGGGCUUCCUGACCUUCAUCUGGGUGUGCAUGUUUCUGUGCACAGCCGUUUAUUUCCACGACUUGAUCCAGAAAGUGUUCGGCACCAUGUUUGGUUUGUUGGGCUGGUACGGGACAUAUGGGUAUUGGUAUCUGAAGUCUUUCUCUCCAGGACUUCCUCCCCAGAGCUCUAGUUUGACUUUGAAGCAAGAUACUUACAAGAAAUGAAAGAGACGGAAAUAGGGACAGGAGGACAAUGGCUAAUAGGAUUCCCACCUACUUUGUCCAGUGACUGGCUACGUUAUCUGUCCAAUUUCAGAGAGGACCCUUACUAGGUACCUUUGGACUGGGGGAUGUCUGGGGAAAAGUUCAGUCCUCAGACUCUGCUAGCGGUGCCACCAUGUUGCCAGCAGCACUAUUCUUGUCACAUUCUUCUCAUCUCUGACAAGAUGUGACCUUAAUCUGUUCCCAGAGGGAGAUCCUAAGGCUCAGCAGAGGGAUAACAGACAGCCUCAUCGUGUGGGUCAAGGGAAAACCAGUGCUUCAGGACAAUUUCUGCUGUGGCCAUCUGGGCUCUGGUUCUCUUUAGAGUUUAGUGGCCACGGCAGUGCUGUUCAUUUAACAGUGUUUCCCCAUGGCCGACUCUGAGAUAAGCAUUUGCCCCUGGCAGGUUCUUUAUUAAAUACCCCAAUGCCUACAGGACACUCUCUGGCUGUAGCAUCCGUGUCCUCUGCAGAAUGCUGCUGCUGCACCUGGCCAUGAUUGCCAACAGGGGCCCACGACCCUGCAGUGCCUGGAUGAUGAUUGCUGUUGUUGGUUUUGUUUCUCUGUGUAGCCCUGCGUGUCCUGGAACUCACUCUGUAGACCAGGCUGGCCUCAAACUCAGAGAUCUGCCUGUCUCUGCCUCCUGAGUGCUGGAUUAAAGGCGUGUCCACCACAGCCUAGCACUUGGAUGGUUGUUUUGUUUUGUUUCUGUCCAUACUGUGUAUCGUUGUGUGUUAGAGUUUGGAGCAGUAACUGAGCACCCUGUGCGUUUUCUCUCUUCUCUCCCAAGUGACUGCUCUAUGGCUUUAAUCAUCACUCUCCAUGUGUUCUCUGUUGGCAAAGCUCCAGUGCCACACCUUGGCAUAUGAAAAUUGUUUUGAGGGCUUUUUGUUUUUUAGAACACUAACUUUUUGUAUAAACCAAAUUCUUGGCUUGUCAUAUGAAAUCCCACCUCAUAGGAUUGUUCUGUCUCUUAGGAAUAUAACUGGAGCCAGGAGGCAUGGUGCUGCAUGUCUUUAGUCCCAGCACCGGGAAGGCAGAGACAGGCAGGUCUCUGAGAGUUUGAGGUUACCCUGCCAGGGCCGCAUUGUGAGAUCCUGACUCAAAAAAAAAAAAAAAAAAAAGGAAAGAAAAAA